GCGCUGUGCGACAUUCCCCAUCAUCUCUGUUUUUUUUCUGUCAGCCUCAACGACGAAACUAGCUCUCGGAAGGCUCAUACUUGAGGAAUUCGCCAUGGCCCCUUAUCCCCAGAUUUCUCCUCGAACCCGUCAUGAGACCUCUGCGCCAGAGACUUCUCAUACGAAGGAUGGCUGGAACAUGAGUUCUGAACAGGCUCAAACAUCGAUGUCUAGUCGAGCUGACCGCUCCAGAAAACCUCCCUUGUCCGCGUCCUCUUCGUAUCGCCCGUCUGCCCCAAAUAUGGACCAGAAUACUCGGUCUCGAUCGCGGUCUCGGUCUAAUAGCUUUCAAACAUCGCAAUCUCACGCGUCCUCUACUCAGACUCAGGCUCCCUCGUCAAUCCGCCGGUCUCACUCCUCUUCUGCUGAACAUCGCUCCUUGCCUCAGACAACAUAUGUCUGCGCGACCUAGAUCUGCGGAACCGACGCCGAGAGCCAGACCCAAGUCUCCCCCUUUCCUAGCCGCUCAGAGCUCAACCCAACCGCAGCCUGAGAGCGACUUAUGCGAGAGAUGUCAUAGACGUCCGAAGUUCAGAGAUGCGAGCGGAAAACAGUAUUCCUAUUGUGGGAAGACUUGUGGUCGGGCUGAGAAGUAUUGGCCCUCACAGCCUACCUCUGCGAACCAAUCUUCUCCUGGGCCACCUCCGUUGGAUCUAUGCGAGGUCUGUCACGCGAGGCCCAAAUACGUGGAGGCCAACAAUUACAAGCACAGAUUGUACAUUGCGCCACUCAGGAUCAGCGGCGCUACCGGCCUCAACCUAAGCCACAAGAUCAGACGAACCCGCCUCAUACUGCCGUUUGGCACCACCCCCCUGCACCACCCAAUACCCCUGCCAACACUCCUUCUACCUACUAUCGGGUCCGGCAUUCAAGUAAUCCCCAGUAUCCAGAAAUUACCCAACAUCGAGAUGCCAACUACAGCCACCACCACACUCCCAUCACACCAACCUCUGCUCCUCCCGCUCCCGCACACGUCUUUGUCUACAGCAAUGAAACCGCUCCAGCUUCUGCCGGCCGUGUUUUCUUCGAGCCCGAGGACACCACGAUUGACCAUAAUGAGCUCAAAAGGCUCCCUAUCCUCUUUUAUCAUCGCACUGAACCUCACUUCGGGUUUACAAAUUUCUCGGCCCAUCUGGUAGAAUAUGAUGGCCGUGUCUAUCCAACGAGCGAGCAUCUGUUCCAGGCGCUCAAGUUCUUGAGACACCGACCUGACAUUGCAGAAAUGAUAAGGACGUGUAAGACCUCACGGGAGGCGUUCAAUACGGCACAUCGUUUCAAGAACUGCACGUCCCCUCUUUCCCUUGUUCUCUGCAUCUCCAUUUCGCUCAUCUUGUCUGUUAUCAUUCAUGUGAUAUGUUCAGAUGUGCGCUCGGAUUGGUUCGACGUGAAUAUUCGGAAGAUGGAGGAAGUCGUCCGUCUCAAGUUCACUCAACAUCCCGCAUUGAAAGAAGAGCUUCUCUCCACGGGAAACGCCCCGCUCGUCGAGGCCGCCGACGUAGACGCAUUCUGGGGUUUCGGGUCGGAUGGGAAGGGGAGGAACGAACUCGGAAAGGCGUUGAUGAAGCUGAGGCAGAGGUUUCGGGCUGAGGAUGGACGAGAAUAGUGGUGAG